AUGGCUACAGUUGGAUUUGGGUGGACCCAGUUCUCCGCCAAGCUGAAAGAGAGAUUUUACCCUGAUGAGUUGCGCUGGCAAAAGCAGGAAGAAUUUCUAUCUCUGACUCAAGGGAGUAUGGACAUCCACAAGUACACUGAGCGCUUCACGGAGCUGUCUAAAUUUGCUGGUACUGUCAUUCCCACCGAAGCUGAGAGGGUUAAGAGAUAUAUAAAGAAGAUGAAUCCGAGGGUAAGGACCCUGGUGCGGUGUUCAGGGAUUACUACUUUUCAAGCAGCUUAUGAGAUGGCCCUUAGUGUUCAUGCAUCAGUGAGAGAGGAAGAAGCUGUUAAGGCCGCAUCUGUGAGGAAGCCUUUUCCGUCUGUUGCCCCUGGUCCAGCUAAGAAGCCGAGGUUUGAGCCGAGUUUCCGUGGUGGAUACCAAGGCUCCGGUUCUAGGCAGGGUUCUAAUCUGUCCAAGUGUCGGAGGUGUGAGAAGCCUUUACAUCCGGUAAAGGAUUGUGAGGGUGUUGCUAUUGUUUGCUUCUAUUGUAGAGAGGCGGGUCACAAGAGUUAUGAGUGUCCCAAGAAUCCGAGGGCUACAGCUAAGCCCCCUGUUCCUCCUAGUCAUUCUGCUCAGCCAAGGAAUCGGGUUUACAAUAUGACUCAUUCCGACGCUGAUGUUCAUCCCGACGUCAUCUCUGGUACCUUUCUUGUUAAUUCUGUUCCUCCUUCUGAGUUGUUUGAUUCUGGUGCAUCUGUGUCUUGUGUGUCUAAUUCAUUUGCCAAGAAAGCUAAUUUGACUUAG